UUCAAUGCCAGAGAAUUCUCUCUUUUUGCUGUAAACUGAACAGUCGAUCGAAACGGAUGUAGAAAAGAAGAAGAAGAAGAAGUAGAAGAAAGAGUAAAGUAGAAAAUGAUCAAGAACAGUCGCGAUUGCUCUCCCGGAAACGAUGCUAGUUCUAUCCACCGAUCGUUUUCUCUACCAGAACGGCCGCACUUCUUCACAAUAAUCCUCUCCAAAGCUGAUCAGUAUCUAAGACUGAAAAUUCCCAGGGAUUUUAUUGCAAAAUAUGGAAUUCAAAUCUCCAAUGCUGUGCUUCUCAAGAUGCCGAAUGGGGCUGUGUGGAGAAUGGGGGUAACAUAUUCAUGUGGCGAAGUUUGUUUGGAAUCUGGUUGGAGAAGCUUCACCAAUUACUAUUCCAUUCGCUUUGGACAUUUAUUAGUGUUAAGAUAUGAUGGGAACUCUGUCUUUCAUGUUCUCAUACUUGACAAUUUAAAUGCGUCUGAAAUUGAAUAUCCAAUUGCUGGAAAAUCAUCUGUCAAGAAUGAUGAUCAGGCAGAUGGGGUUAAGGAACCAAUGGAGUUUCACGACUAUCUACAGGAGGAACAUGCUGCUGCUGGGUAUAACUUGAACAAAGAUGAGGAAGAGCAAGAAGACAAACCAAUUUAUAUUGGACUAGUGCCAAUGGAAGUGAAAAUGACAGCCAUUAAGAGAGUUUCGUCCUUCAAAUCAGACCACCCCUUCUUUGUUAUUUUUAUGAGUCCUAGUUAUGUAUCUGGUAAAUAUAGACUGUAUUUACCAGCACAAUUUGUUAGGACGUAUUUAAGACAUCUCCCAGCAUCAGUCACACUCAGGAUUUCAGACGAGAGAAUCUGGCUUGUUGGCUCCGGUGGUAAAGGUCCUGAAAAGUUUAGUCUCGCUUGGGGUUCAUUUGCUCGUGAUAACAAGCUGAAAGUAGGCGAUGUUUGUGUCUUUGAGCUGAUCGAGAGUACUGGUGUCCCUCAACUUAGAGUUGUCAUUUCUAGAGAUAAUAAUUUUCAGGAAUGUGCCGAGGAAGAAGAACAUUUUGAAAGUAUGCUGCCUGAUGAGGUACAUUUACAGCAAAAUAAAACUGCAAUUCCAGGAAGCAAGUUAGCUCUUGAAAAGGCUGAAGCCUUCGAGUCGCAAUACCCUUGUUUUAUUAUUGUUAUACGACCAUCUUAUAUCCAAAGAAACACUGGUCUGCAUAUACCAGUAGACUUCUCAAAGGCAAAUUGUUUGAGGCCAUCAAUGGUCACUCUUUCGGUUUCUGAUGGACGAACUUGGACUGUGAAAUGCCAGGGUUAUGGCUACUUAUCCCUCAAAUGUACUACAUUUGUACAAGAGAAUAACUUGAAAGUCGGCGAUGUUUGUGUCUUCGAGCUCAUUACAAAGGAUGAAAGUAAGCCAGUGUUUAAAGUCACUAUAUUUCAAGCAAAAUAUACAGUUGAAGAUGUCAAAGAGGAGGAAUGUACGGGAACUGGAAAACCGGAGAGCGAGAAUAAAGAAACAAACGAGACUGUAAUGGAAGGCAUUGUAGAGGAGAAAACUGCAGCGAUUGAAAGAGCUUCAGCUUUUAAAUCACAAAAUCCUUUUGUUGUUAUGCUUCUACGGAAAAGUUACUUGUCCGAUCGUUUUGCUUUAUAUCUACCAAGACAUUUUACAAGGAAACAUUUUCCUUCCAAGCCAAAAACAGCUAUCCUUUGCAUGCAAGACGAGAGAACCUGGCCGGUUAAGUGUUUCUGUCAUGGAUCAAGUGAGAGGCGAUUCAUGCAAGGUUUUAGUUGGGAAUCGUUUGCAAUUGACAAUAAUCUGAAAGAAGGGGAUGCUUGUGUCUUUGAGCUUAUUAAGAAUUGUGUUGAACCUUUGCUAAGAGUCAUUAUAUUUAGAGAGUUUCACGAUCAACAAGAACAUUCCAACUUAAGUUCCGGAAUGGCAAGUUCCAAGAGGACACGUGAAGUGGUCGAUGAUGAUUUUAUGGAGUAUAAGUCGUCAAAAUUGAAUGGUUUCAUCGGAGCAUCGUGUUCUAGCUUUGCUGAGGCAAAUAAGGAUGAGGAAUGUACAGCAUUGGAAAGAGCAAACACCUUCAAAUCUGAACAUCCUUCGGUGGUUAUCACGGUCCAACCAUCUUAUCUUGGAAGCAAUGGUUUGUUCUUGCCAAGGAAGUUUGCUAGGCAAUAUUUCAAUAACGACGCAGAGAUUGUAAAGCUUCAAGUUAGAGAAAUGGGAAAAGAGUGGGAUGUGAUUUGCUGUCGUAGUCCAAGUAAUCUUGGGGUUGUGCACCUGAUUUGGCAUCGAUUUGUGGAGGAAAACGACUUGGAGAUAGGAGAUGUUUGCGUAUUCGUGUUGACAGAUGAGACUAAGCUCGAUCUUGAAGUAGUCAUAUUUCGGAACAAAAGAAAAGAGAAGAAGGCACAGGAUCAGGAUGAUGAGGAUUGAUAAAAGGGGAGAUUCUUAAUAUUAAAUAUGGUGGUAGUACUGAUGAUAGUUAACAAUAUUGACUAAAUCUAAUAGCUGAGGCCAUAUAAUGGAAUGGCCAUAUUUUUGCUUUUUCAAUUGCUGAUACAAUUAGUAUGAGUUAUCUUUGUUUAUAUUAUAUUAUAACUUGCUCAAAUACAGUUAUAGUGUUUUUGAGUUUCUCA